GAUUGAGCCGUGUUUGUUUACAAGGAGUGCAGUUGAGACAGGGAAGCUGAGGCUGAAGGAACCGUCUACACAGACACUGAAGCCGGGCUGGGGGAGCCAGGAGUGUGGGAGGAGAUUCCAACUAGACCCGCUUCAUUCGGAAAAAUACUUGUAGUCUGUAAUAUAACAAGCAGGACAAAUUCUGUUUUUUUUUUUUUUUUUGGAAGUCCGAGAAACGUCCAACAGGUAGCUUCCGUGGACCCGCCAUGUCUAAAGUGUGGCAGCAUCCCUACGUCAACGUCUUCAAGCACUUCAAGAUUGAAGAAUGGAAGAAGUCAACGAAGGAGGGAGACGUGACAACAUUUAUGGACAAGACGCUGAAGUGUACUGUGUAUCGGAUUCGAGGACCCGUUCCUGCGAGUAACUAUAUCCUUCUGCCUAAAACAAGCACACAGUCCCUGGGCCUGACCGGGCGCUACCUCUACCUGCUUUUCAAACCCAUCCCGGACAAACACUUUGUGGUGCAUCUAGAUUUAGCAACAGAGGAUGGCCAAGUGAUCCGCGUCUCGUUUUCAAACCUGUUCAAAGAGUUCAAAUCAACAGCCACGUGGCUGCAGUUCCCAUUCCUCUGUGGAGCAGCCAAGGGGUCAGUGUACGAGAGCACCGCCAGGACCGCUCGGCAGGACCUAGUGGGUCCUGCCCCAGCCAGCGUGCGAUGGACCUGCCUAAUGAUGGACCUGCAGUACCUCCUGUCCAUGUACCUGAAUCGUAGAUACAGCCACCUGAAGAGCAUCAAACUGUGUGCCAGCAUGCUGCUGAAGAAUCUGUUUACCAGCGACUUGCUCAUUGACCCAGGCUUGACUUUCAUUGAAGCCAAACAGGCCGGAGCAGUGAUGCAAGGCAGCGGCCCGAUGCCAAGAGAAAUGUGUUUCCCUGUGCCGAAGGGAGGGAGCUGGCAUGACCUCUACGACUACAUUAGGUUUCCAUCUGAUGGAGGCAAGAUGCCCUUUGACUCGAUUCAGAAAGGACGAGCAACAGCUGACCCGAAUUCAAAUGCUGUUCGAGAGUUACCACGUAAUGUGAAUCUCAGCAAGCCAGUCCAGGACAGAGUCUCCCUAAUUCAGCAGAUUACCAGCCCCAAACCGUGGCCCCGUCGUCGAGCUCCCCUGUUGGCUGUGAGUGUUCCUCAAUUGCCCCCUGUGAGUUCUGCGUCACAGGGCAGGUCGCUGCAUGACAGCUGGCGGGCUGAAGCGCUGGAGAGUGAUCGUAAGGAAGAUCCCGGUACGUCAGGGGACAGCGUGGCGCUUCUCACUGCAGACGACGGUGGGAUCCACGUGUUUGCCCACAGAGAUGAGGAAGUCAGUGUCCACAGACACAACAGCUCCACGGAAGAGACCGUGUGCACAAGAGUAACCGGACCAGUGUCACUGCCAGCUAAAAAAGUAGCAGAACACACAAAACUGCAACCGGAUCCUAUUCUGAAACUCAACAGGAUCAUCGGCUUUGGAGGCUGUACCACUAAAUGUACUCUAUGGACAAAAACAGGAACAGCAGUGGUGUACCCCUGCCAUGCUGUAAUAGUCUCCAUGGACAUUGCAUCAGGACAGCAGAGAUUUUUUAUUGGUCACACGGACAAGGUCUCUGCUCUGACAUUCAAUGGGAACUGCACUUUACUGGCAUCGGCACAGACGGGGAACAUGAGCGUGGUGCGUGUCUGGAAUUUCCAGAAAGGGAGCUGCCUGUCACUGUUUAAAACACACACGCACUCUGUCUCCUCUCUCAGCUUCUCUUACAGUGGCGGAGUCCUGUGUGGAGUGGGGAAAGAUAAUCAUGGAAAAACUAUGGUUGUGGUGUGGAACACUUUGAAGGUGAAUAAAGGAGGCGAGGUGGUGGUGAUGGCCAAAGCACACACCGACGUGGACAUACAGACCAUGAAAAUAGCAUUCUUCGAUGACACCAGGAUGGUGUCCUGUGGGAGGGACAAUAUCCGUCUGUGGCGAGUGAGGAGUGGGUCCCUGCGGUCCUGCCCAGUCAAUCUGGCUGAAUAUCAUGCUGUGGAAUUCACAGAUGUCGCAUUCGAACAAGGACACUUCGCCGACAGGGAACCUGAAGACAGGACUCUAUUCGCCUGCAGCAAGAGUGGACACAUCCUGGAAAUCGACUACAUGAGCGUGUCGAUCAAAAAUGUGAGGCGCCUGCUCCCGUCCCAGCAGAAACACUCGCAGCGGAGAGAGAAGCAGACCUUCAGCACAGGACUUGGGAUCGCAAUAAACAGCAUCAGUAUCUCAUCUGCCUUCUGCGCUACGGGGUCAGAUGACGGAUAUCUUCGGCUCUGGCCCCUUGAUUUUUCCACUGUGUUUUUGGAAGCAGAGCAUGAAGGACCGGUGAGUUUGGUGAACAUUGGUCCAGAGGGGGUGCAUGUCCUCGCUGCCACCUCGACAGGAAACCUGGGGUACCUGGAUGUGAGCAGCCGAGCGUACAGCACACUGAUGAGGUCUCACACAGACACGGUGCUGGGCUUUAGCAUUGAUGGGAUUCGCAGGAACAUCGUCACAGUGUCUCUGGACAACAGCGUCCGGGUCUGGGAUUUUGACUCAAUGCAGCAGCUGUUUGACUUUAUCUCAGAAGACACCCCCUGUGCUGUAGCUUUCCACCCAGUGCAGCAAGUGUUUGCCUGCGGGUUCAACUCCGGGCUUGUACGAGUCUUCAACAUUGCCAGCUCCAGUCUCCUCGCAGAACACAAGCAGCACCGGGGCCAGGUGAUCGGGCUGGCAUUCUCCCCGGACGGAGAGAACAUGUACAGCGCUGGCUCUCUGGGCUCCCUGGCGCUGUAUAACUCGGUGGAGGAGGACCAUCACAUCCUCCGAGUCUUGGGCAAUGUGGUAGCGAGAGGCAGUGAGCGCAGUCCUGAGGCGUUGACUGUGAGCAGCGACAGCAGGAGCCUGGCCUUUGUUGGCCCCGCGGAGUACACUGUCACGGUGAUGGAUGCCCGUUCCCUGGAUGAGCUCAUGCGGAUAGACGUGAGUAUCCUGGACCUGUUGAGCACAAGCCUGGACUCUGCUGUAAAGGUCUGCUUUGCUCCUGUUGCAACCGGACACCUGCUAGUGACCACAUCGUCCAAUAAGAUCCUCUGGAUAAAUGCCAAGUCUGGACGACUGAUCAGAGAGAUUCCUAAUGCCCAUAAGCACGUGUGUUCCUCUGUGUCCGUGACUGAUGACGCACGCUUCCUGUUGACCGCAGGAGACAAGGCAGUCAAAGUCUGGGAUUACCACAUGAAACAUGACAUCAACUUCCAGGUCUUCAUCGGUCAUUCUCAGAUGGUCCAACAAGUGACCUUCACGCCAGACCAACUUGGGGUCGUCACCGCAGGAGAUGCUGUGUAUAUUUGGGAUUUCCUGGCCAAUCCUCACGAACCACAGAAGAGCAGAGAGGUUCCUGCACCAGCUCCAGCUGUGACACAAUCUCCUUUUAAGUCUGUUGGGGACCCAGAACUGCACUUGAGUCGGGCGUUACUGUCAAACGGGAUGCCUCGAGAGGCUGUGCCGGUUCCUUCCUCCUCCUCCCCUCCCUGCCUGGAUAUCAGCGUCAUAGAGCGGACGGGACAAGGUUUCUUCUCGCUGUGUGAGGAGGUAGAGGGGCCAGCCCUGGGCAGCAGCUCUACAGGAGCAGCGAGGGGCUCCUUCUUGCGGGUCACAGUGCCUCCUUCAGGCAGAGAGAACUCACCAGUGAGGGGGAAACCCAGCCUGCAGAAUGAACUGGAUCUAUUGGGAGACGAUGUGUUGCAUGAAGAGGAAGAGGAGGGGGAGAAGACCCUAGUCCGUCCGGAUGCCUAUAAACACUUCACACCGCGCUUCAGAACGUCAGCCCUGGCUCAGGAUGCAGUGGCUCCCCCUGCUGGGAAAGAGAGCUUGAGACUGAAGGCAGUGAUCGGAUACAACGGAAAUGGACGAGGGAACAUGGUUUGGAAUCCAGAUACAGGUUUGUUUGCAUACUCGUGCGGCUGUGUGGUAGUGCUGGAGGAUCUUCAUGCAGGCUCCCAGAAGCACUGGGUCGGACACACAGAGGAGAUCUCAACCCUGGCUGUCACCAACGAUGCACAGACAGUAGCUUCAGCCUCGGGAGGCAGUGAUGGGGCUUGCAGCCUGAUCUGCAUCUGGAAUGUGCAAGACGGGUCCAGGAGGAGUACCAUCUCUUACCACAAGGGGGCGGUGCAGGCAAUGACGUACUCCAGAGACGACUUCUUCCUCCUUUCUGCAGGAGAUUACAGGGACCCUGGCAUUGCUCUCUGGAGCACCAACAGUUACCAGCUGCUGACCAGUGUCCACCUUGCAGAGCCAAUCCAUGACCUCUCCUUCAACCCUGCCUCCGCCAGCCAGCUGACCUGCGUGGGCAGCAGUGGGGCGAUGUUCUGCCUCAUCGAGCAGCAAGGGAAGGACGCGCGGUUAAAGGUGAGUACAGGGUGAGACCAUCUGCUCGUGGAAACGAUGACCCUGC